AUGGGUCUGAUGACACAGCUGCCAAGUCUUCCCGAGGCACUUGUUUCAGCGCUAUUGAAAAUAAAAACCAACACAGAUUCUAUGGCAGUCAGAGAUGCACUGCGGUUUAUCAGAGGUGUUGACGCAUACGGAACCGACAUUGCGAAUGCAGGAGAGAGCCCUUCCACCGCGCACCACAAUGCUCUACUCAAAGAGUUCGCAGCUGAUAUCCCAAUGUUGGUAGCAUCAGCUGAGUGCUUGGCCAAGGAUAGCUCUAUUGACCACCGCAUUAUCCUGCCGCAGGUCACACAGGAGCCACCGGUGGAUACCACAGCCGAGGACGAGGAGAUUGCUCUUCUAUUGUAUGAGCAACUCAAGAAGCGCUGCUAA